AUGGGUCUCUUUCAAGCGCCCAAGUCCUCCCCAGAUUCUAACGGCAGGCGCGGUCUCAGCGUCCUACUCCUGGCUUUUCUACUCUGGUGUGGGUGGCAUCGAAAUUGCUUGUUCCCCACCCCUCGACGAGCCUUCGAGAAAGCUAGAAUUGACUGGCAACCGUGUCGUGAAGACCCAGAGUUCCUUUGUGCUUUCCUCGAGGUUCCGACAGACUACACCGAUUCUACGGCGGGGAAAUCAGUACUUGCCCUUACAAAUUUUCCUACCAAGGUCUCCAAAGACGAGCGUCGAGGCAUCAUCAUAACGAAUUACGGUGGCCCAGGAGUUCCCGGGCGCGAUGCAUCGUUUGGACAAGCUCGUCGAAUCCAGAACGUCACCGGAAACCGACAUGACAUUAUCUCCUUCGACCAACGCGGGCUUGGCCAUUCAUUGCCCGCUGUCAACUGCUUUGGCUCAGCACUCGCAUACGAGCAGUUCCAAACCAACACAGUCUUCGAGACAACAUUUUCAGUCCCCAAUGAUCCGUUUUCUGAUGCGGGAAGAGCGGUUUUGAUUGAGCAGCAAAAACAAGCGCUGGCACUGGAAGAGACACAGGGUGCUAUUUGCGGGCAGACGGUUGGGGCGAAAGCACUAGGUUACAUGAGCACGACAACAACAAUUCUUGAUAUGGAGGAGAUCUCAAGAAUCAUCGAGGGAGAGGAUGCGUUGAUCAAUUUUUACGGCGGGUCGUAUGGCUCAAUUGUAGGACAAUAUCUCGCAAACAUGCUCCCGCACAAAGCCGGCCGGAUAUAUAUCAGCGGAACCGUACCUGCUGACAUGUGGUCAAAUAUCCACUAUGAAACUCAACAGACACUUCGCUUACUACUGACUGACUCGGAAAAAGUCCUCCAAUUCUUCCUCAAUGAAUGCUUCGAGGCUGGCCUCGACUACUGUCAAUUAGCGAGAAAAGAGGAUACGAGCUGGCGAACUAUUCAAACUCGCAUCGAUGCGUUCAUCCAGCGUCUUCAAGAGCAACCAAUGAAGGUCACCAAUUACUCACGACCGGGAUAUUUGACUUCAGGCGGAGUACGAAUGACACUAUUCCUUACUCUUCAAAUGCCCGCUAUGUGGCAACUACUUUCAAGCUCACUUGCCAGGGCCAUGUACGACGCAGAUGGGUCGCAGCUUCUACGUUUUAUCAAUCACCGAUACCCGUCCCCCAAUCCACCCUCUGAUCCCGAUGGAUAUGUGGACAUUGGCCAAGGAAAUCUCGGAAGGCUCGCCAUUUCGUGCGGAGAUGCACUGCCCAGAACUCCAAAAGAGAAUUUGCCCACAGCAGAGGACAUUAUAAAUGACAUUCUGGCCACACUCCGAGACACUAGCCCACGCUUUGGCGCAACGGUACACUUGAUGGAGCAGCAUGGAGGAUGCCAGUUUUGGCCAGGGACAGGGGUUGGACCAACACGAUUCCGAGGACCCUUCAAUCAAACAUUAGCAACUCCAAUGCUUGUCGUCUCCAAUAUCUAUGAUGCUAUAACGCCUGUUGCUGCUGGAAGAAUUAUACGAUCCCAAAUGCGGGGGAAACGUCCACCAUCUUAUCCAAGACACUGCUGGGCACUCGUAUCUUGCUCCAGACACCGAUUGUGCUGCGAAAGUCAUCAGAACAUAUUUUGUUGA